UGGGGAGGGGGGAUUUGAUUGGUUAAGAGAGAGAAUGACGCACCACAAAUGAGCGCGCACCCCUCCCUCUGCUUCCUUCACUUCCUGCAGUGGCACAGCGGUGUUGGCUUGUAAACAUGGCUACUGCUGGAGCAGCUGGAGACGACCUGAGAAAAGAACUCACAUGUGCUAUUUGUUUGGACUUCUUCAAAGACCCUGUCAUUCUGAAAUGCGGGCAUAAUUUUUGCCGGUUUUGUAUCUGCAUGCACUGGGAUGAAAAUGGCGGAGACUAUGGGUAUCAGUGCCCUCAGUGUCGAACGGUGUUCAACAAGAGGACUUUCACUAAAAACUACCUGGUACAGAACCUGGUGUCCAAACUGGAUGAUUUGGAGUGUCUGGGGUCUCGUCCCACUCCAUCUAAGCCAGUUAAAGUAGACGAAAAGUGUGAACAACAUGGCGAAGAGCUGAAAUUGUACUGCCAGACUGAUAAGAGGCCCAUCUGUGUUGUUUGCAGGGAAUCUAGAGCACAUAGACACCAUGAGGUAGCACCAGUGCCAGAAGUAGUGAAUGACAUGAAGAUGGAGUUGAAACUGAGGCUAAUGGAGCUGAACUGGCAAAAGUCUCAAUGUAUGAAAGUUAUUACAUCUGAUGAACGGACCAGGAGCGAAGUGAGGUUGAAGAAAAAGAGGCUGAAGGAGAAGAUUGAGGCAGAUGUGGGCGCCUUGGUCCAGUUCUUGCUGGAUGAGAGAGACUCCCUGCUGGAAAGCCUUGAUGCCGAGGAAGUGGCCACCAUGGCAGUCAUAGAUGAGAACCUGAAGAUUGUGGAGACAGAGACUUCAGCUGUGGACAAAGCGAUUGCCAACAUCCACAGUCACAUCAGUGGAAAAACUAGUUUUGAGAGCCUGGCUGAGACGUUUGACGAACUCCUCCAUUGCAAGCCUUUCGCAUCUCUUGAACCAGUUAGCAUUCAGACUGAAUUUACCGACUUCUCAGGGCCCUUUCAGCUCAUCAUGUGGAAGAAAAUGAUGCACGUGCUGCACACAAUGCCACAGAACCUCACUUUGGACCCGGACACUGCUCACCCAAACCUGCUCAUCUCAGACUUUGACACAAAGGUCGAGGAAGGACGGGUCCGUAACCAGGAGCCAGACUUGCCAGCUCGCUUCAAUCGCUUCUGCGGUGUUCUAGCCACAGCCCAGUACGCCAGCGGGCAGCACUACUGGGAGGUGGACGUUAGGGACAAAGGUGUGUGGUACCUGGGAGUCACCACUGAGUGCAGCAACAGAAAAGGCUUUGUUAGCCUCACUCCAUCUGCAGGAUACUGGAGCCUGUGUCUGCAGGACCGGCUCUACGCCAACGGAGAGGACGGACGUAUCCCAGUCGCCGACUACUGGAACUCUCCUCGGGUGGGCGUGUACCUGGACUACGACAACGGGCGUCUUAGUUUCUAUGAUGCUGUCACAAUGAAGAGACUGUACAUGUUUGACACAUGCUUUGAGGAGCCUGUCUAUCCUUUCUUCAGCCCAGGGAAGAAUGAUCCAGGCAGCAGGGUGCAGAUAUGUCAUUAUUACUGAGAGCUGUUUAGUAUGGAGAUGUUCAGAUUAAUCUCAUAGGUUGAGUAGGUGUUGGCACCCUGAGCCAAAUUAAAGUAUGUACGCAUUUCAGCUGUUACCUGUUGGUCUUGGUGGAUGACAAAAUGGUCGUGUGGAAGAACUUGUUACUUAUAAUUUGGUAUCUUUUGACCUAGACACACACUGUAGGCUUACACCCCUGGCUGCAGUGGCUGUGGGGGUUUGAGAGGUGCUUUGCUGUUUGCAUCACUGUGUCUGCAGGGUUUCUCGUGCUCUCAUCAGAGCAAACACAGCUCUUGUUCUGUUACUAACAGUUGUGUCAUUCUUCUGUACAUUAACUUGUAGUCUUCAGGGGAACGCUGCUGUUACCGUGUUAUCACACUGAUAGUCUCAGACUGUUCUGUUCCCCUCAUUAAUUCUGCAGAGCAGUGAGUGAGCAUGGAUGCUUAACACAGUGAAAAUCUGCCUUGUCCUGGGAUUUCAGCUCUCAGACAAUAGUUUGACUUCCAGGACAAAGAGCAUGAAGAGUCAUUUUUUUGGACACAAAUGUUGGUAGAGAAUUUGAAUGUUUUAAAAUCUUACUUGUCCUUUUUGUUUACUCUUUACAUUACUGUUAAAAUGGAUUUGAUAAUUCCUCUGUAUUGCUUUGAUUUACACUCAGAUCUUUUUAUGAGCAGUGAUGGGUCUGUUGUUAAACAUGUUUUACCUUCAGGAAUUUACAGCUCAAACUUUCAGGUUUCAUGGCCAGGAUCAUGUUGGGACUACAUUGUUAACUGUACUAUUUUUAUUAACUUUGCUUUAGAUUAUUACUUACUGUUGGUCCUGUUGCUGCAGCUUGUCCUAUAUAUAUGAAUUUAAUUAUCCAACAUUGUCCAGUGUAAUUUUUAAUUUACUUGUAAUGUGGUUUAAUUAGAUGUAAGAUGCACAUUUUUUCAUGGGCUUUGAUUUCAACUUUUAUUUUUUGCUAGUGCAGUUGUGGAUAAACAGCUGGGAUGUUUUAAAUCUUCAGUGACUUUACAGGUGAAUUUUUUUUUUUUUUUUAACUUCAGUUUUUAAGGAGCAUAAAAAAGAUUUAACUCUUAAAAUUUGAGAUUGGUCAUAUACUGCCAACCUUAAAUAGCUCCUUUUUCAUCUUAAUUUGACAUCCAAGGUGUGAUGGGGGAGAAAAACCUGCUUUUACAUGUUAGGUCCAAAAUGUGAUACCUCACUUUACUGCUUUUCAUAUUUUCUUUGCUUGAUUUUAUUCAUGUACUCAGCUUUAAUUGUUUUUCAGCUGUGUCUUGAUGUAACAAAAAUAUGACUGGUAGAGCCAGUUUGUGACCCUUUCACCUGCUCAGUGUUUCUGACUUCAGAGGAGAUUAAAAAGAGGGAAAAGAG